AUGUCAAAGCACGAAGAAAUUGAUCCAGCUAAGAAGCUUGCGGACCAAUUCAAAAAGCAGGGCCAUUUUGACAAGAUAAAACAGGAUAUGCUCCUUGGCCCCAUCGACAAUACAGAUUCAACCCCUCUGCAAGAUUUCAUUAAAACUCGAGUUUCAGCAGUAGUUCAAACUAUGGUAAAAGAUGAUGAAUCUCUUAUAUUUAAAAAUAGGGGCUCCACAAGCGCACUCAUAGAGGGUCAACUGUUGAAAGAUGGAUAUCGAAAACUCGAUACCGAUACAAUAUCAGUGGAUGCACGCAUUAGAAAGAUAUUUGAGCAACCCCAAUUGACGACGCAACUGAAAGAAACGCUAGUCAGGGAAUUAGAUACUAGCGAAGACUAUGAAUUUUCAACUGAUAAUUGA